CAGUACAGUACAGUACAGUACAUUGUGAGUAGCUUCGAAACGGAAAAGGUGAGUAUGCAAGUAAGAGUUGCAUGUGUAACUCCUUCUUGUUAGACCUGAAACAAAGGAGCAGCCAUAUACCUCUGACCAAAAGCCUCCAACGUCAACCUGAGCGCUUUACCUCCUGUCCAGCUUUCAUUUACAUCGUAGGAUUUUCUCACGCGUUGUUAACGGCUGGCCACUACACUACUGGAUCAGCCGUCGGCGCAGCAGGGAAGCACGCCUUAUUCGCAUCUUUAAGCUCUGGAAAGCUCGGGCUCGGACACGGCCUCACCUUGGGCUUGUACGGCGCUGAAAGCGGCCAUGAUGUCGUCUGCGAGAGUGGAAGGAGGGGUCAGGACGGUGAAUCCAUCAGGUGGGGUUCCGUAUCGUUGGAGCCGGACCGGAGAUGAUAGUGGAGUCGUUGUUUUUGGUUCCUGAUGUGGGAUCUACAGUACCUUCGUAGGUUUCG